AUUAUGAUGCCUACCGAGCUCAUACACCCAGAUUACAGUCGCACCCCGUUGUCCCGGACCUCGCUCUCCCGGAUUCUUCGCUGUCUCGGAUGAGUUUCUGUGAAUUAUAAUUUUCUUCACACCGAAACCAAACCUGUUGUCCCGGAAAACUCGCUGUUCCAGACGGAUUCUCAGGAUUUUGGCCGUCCGGGACAACCAGGUGCGACUGUACCAAAAAGACCGGUCACACCAAAUAUAGCACCUCCCCCACCUGCUAUAAAAUGUCCGCUGAUUCCCAUCCCUUUGAAAACUAAGGGUGCUCCUGUUCGGUCAAUUAUUAUGUCUUGCGAUACCGAUCUUCUAUCCCCCCCCCAAACCAACUCGAUCUCAUCAGUACCGCAGAACCUACCUUUGGGCUCAGAGACCUACAACGGAAAAAGAUAUUAGAACUACAUGAAAUAUUAGAAGAGAUCUGAGUUUUGAAAAUGUUUUGGUAACAGACCUGGAGAAUUGGAUAAGCGAGAACCAGGAACUUGUUGAUGACGGGCAUAUCCGAUAUGAAUAUGAAUACAAUUCCCGGGCAGAACAUUUCAUCAUGAAAUGCAUGUCGACUGUGACACAUGACUCUCCACAAUACUUUUUUACACAUACUGUCUGUGUCUCUCUCACUGAAAAAGUGGGACUCUUAAAAGCCCGUCAAUUGGUUAGUGUUGGUUCGGGUACUAGUAUGUAAUGAAUAAAUCCUCUUUAGAAUUUAACUAACUCGAUUCAGCCUUUAUAGGUUUCGAGGGUGGCAGAAGUGGUUCAUCAGAAAAACUCCCUGACACCUUUGUGAGGUUAAGGGGUGCCAGGUUUCCUGCCGUUGUCUGUGAAGCUGGUUGGUCAGAGACGCGGGAGCAAUUAAUAGAUGAUGGCCGACUUUGGCUCCUACAUACUGGAGGAGAGCCAAAGAUUGUUAUUGUUGUGUCCUUUACCGAAACUCCUACAAGGGAUGGCAUGGAGGUAGUCCCGAUAAAUGUCAGAAAUUGGGACCCGGAAUGGCAGAAGGCGAACCAAGGAGCAAAAGAUCAUUGCAAGUAUCGACAUAUCAACAGACCGUAUCGAUUUAGCUCAAAGAUUACACGACCUCAAUCAGAAAGCUAUGUUACAGAAGCCUUUAAUUAGAAAAGUAAAGGCAACAAUACAUGUUUAUCGUGCCUCGGAGAACUUCAAAGAUAUCUCGGAAGUAUACACAACUCUCGUACCGUCGCCGCCAGUCGGUUCGAAAGAACCACGGGAGUUUCAGAUAAUGCUGAAGGAUAUUUUCGGAGAAGGGGUUCCGGAAGGUCUGGAUCCGCUGGAUCCUAUAACCUUUAGUUUACCGGCACUUGAGGAAUGGGUUGCACAAUCGCUACCGGAGACCGCAUGGUAUAGAGCGAACCGACGGGCAAAGAAACUAAUGAAGGAGGCUGGGGUAUGGGAGGAGCAAGAGACGUUUGCAAAGAGAAAGCGCCGGAGGCGGGAGGCAGGGGACGUGUCCGGGUAAUGAGUUCGUUGUAGGUAAGGAGUGGUGUUGCUGUGGAGGGAUAAUUGUAAUUGUUUCUUUUGUUAUUUGUUUUGUUUGGGUUAUUAUUUGGGGGGUUUUUUUUUUUUCAUUACCAGUCUACUAACCCCGUACACAUUAUACCCUUCGUGGAAGCCAACCAAGACCUUUAGGGCCGGGGGUUGGGGAACUUUAGGUAUUUCAGAAUUUCCUAGUUAUUUGUUUCAUGCUAACAUUUCAUUAGGAAGGGCCGUACAAAAAUUACCAACAAUGCCUCUAGAGCUGAUUCUGAUCGACUACGCUCGAAGGCGGGGUGGCAUGGGCAUAAUGAGGGAGCAACUUGACGAUCUAGGGACGGUGACCAGCGCAGAACCGAUGCAACCAUCACAGAGACUAGGAAACGGCAGGGAGAGGCACCGGGGCGUAUAAUCCCUAUGGAUUAGGGAGAUAAAAGAAGGCGGCUGUUUUAAUUGCCAAGGAUUGCAAUAUGCUGGUUAAGGCCAGAACCUGUAACGUCACUGCUAUUUCAGCAGUUUGUUUAGAGGGGUUCUUAAACCCAUUAGUAGGGUAAGGGCUGAUAGGUGAUGUGUCCUUGGGUAGUCUGUGUUUUGUGGGUUAUUGUCUGAUGGCGGGGGUUUUUGGGGUUUGUUUGACAAGAUUUGUAGGGAUGUGUUUGUUUUGGGGAUUUAUUGAGUUAGUUUAGGGGGAGUGGGAUGGAAAUGGGGAGGAUGUAUUCCCGGGCACCAGUGCUCUUCUUUUCUGUUGCGGUAGGAAGUGUGGUUGCUUUUUGUAUGACACUAUCAUAUGAGUUAGUGCUUGUAUUAUGUAAUGCCACACCUGGGCGAACUACCGGUAGGUUACAGCUUGCCAGAUGGAGAGGGGUUGCCUACCGGUAUAAAAAAGUAGGAAUACCAAAAGGCCGACGUCAGUUUCGUGUGAUACUGAGACAUCGUUGUGCGGAGCGAUUGUCUAGCGGUAGGCCACCCUAAACUGCGUGGCGCCAAACAACAUCUCAACCUACCACAGCGCAGAUGAGUCAAUAGUCAAUACACUGCUUUGCCGUCACAAGACGUCACUCG